CAGAGAGACACACGGUAGCUCAAUCUCCUCUUCUUGCUCCUUGACAUCGCAGUGAUGUGCACAUUGCGCCGCAGCCGGGACCGCCGGACGCGGCGGCGGCCGGCCGUCGCUGCCCUCGCCCUCGCCCUCGGCCUCUUCUUCCUCCUCCUCCUCGCGCCGGCGUCGGCCAGGCGUCUCUCCCGAGAGGGCGUCUCGAUAACGCGCGGGGGACUCUCCGGCGGGAGAGCAGCAAGUGGGUCGUCGUCGUCGUCGUCGGGGGCUGCUCGGAGGCGGCUCGUGGGGCCGGGCUCGGCUCCGCCGUCGUGCAGAUCCAGGUGCGGGAGCUGCUCGCCAUGCAAGCCGGUCCACGUGCCGGUCCGGCCCGGCCUGAGCGCGCCGCUGGAGUAUUAUCCGGAGGCUUGGCGAUGCAGCUGCGGGAACAAGCUGUUCAUGCCCUGAUGCAGAGAGAUACCCAGCACCAAAAAAAAAAAAAAGGAAAAAAAAGUGGAGUUUUUCAUUUAUUUCUCAUUUUAUUUUUAUUUUUUUGUGCUAGUGCAGUGUAAACGAUUUGCAGUUUGUAAUUAAAUUUAAAUAUUUUUUUAAUAUUUUGCGAGAGGUUUGAUUUUUGGUCGGGACAGGGAAACAUAUUGGGAAUGCAAAGACUGCCGUUGACAACA